CUCAGUGGUGAGGCUGCUGGUGUGCGGUGACUGCCAGCCGGGGACUCGUCCUGAGGAAGGAUGAACAGCUUGUGUACCCUGCAGCAGCUCAACCCUGAGCAGGAGCAGGACCUUGUGAAGACUUUGCGCCUGACGUUACGUGAGGACCAGUCUCCAGAGAGGACAGACACCGCAAAGGUUAAGCCGGUAGGACGAGCCUUUGCCCUGGUCUCUUCACGACCUCUCCACGGAUCCCGCUCCUUAAAUUCUGAGCUAAUUAAGUCCACGGAUGGAGAUGAAGAAAUUAUCAAGGUCUACCUUAAAGCCAAAGCUGAAGAUAAAGCCAACCAUGAGUGGAAUGUCAGCCAGCUGAGGAACGAGGUUCGCCAUAUUCAAGAGGCUCGAACUUCAAUCAAAAACCUGCGUGAAGAAAUUGAGCCAAACUCCUGUAAAUCCGGAAAGGAAGAACGCCUGCUCAACAAGGACUUGCAGAAUGGAGUCAGACAUUACAGGGACUCUUCGAAAGAUGAAAUGGAAGAGGAAUUUACGUUGGAUAAUGGGAAAGACCUUCGAGAGACAGCUCAGAGGUUGUAUGCAAAGCUCCAAGAAGUAGAGAAAAAGCAGCAAAAUGAACGAAUGCUUUAUGAGGACAAGCUGAGUAGAUGUCGACAGGAGAUGGAGCAGAGCAACCGAGCACGCAGAGAGGCACAGCAUAGCUCCGUGCAGCAUCAGAAAGAAGUAGAAGACCUCAGGAGGCUACUGAUCAGCAUGGAAAACGAACACCAAGAACUGCAGAAAAAGAUGAAGGAAAACGAGGAGGAACUGGAGAGCGUGAGGGCACAGAAACAGCAGGAUGGACCUCUUCAGGCAAGAUGUGAAGAGCUGGAGAAGACGGUGUCUGGGCUGAAAGAGAAGAUUCAUCACCUGGACGACAUGUUGAAGAGUCAGCAGCGCAAAGUUCGACAAAUGAUCGAGCAGCUCCAAAACUCCAGGACGGCCAUGCAAGAGAAAGACUCACUAAUCCAGGACCUGCGGGAGAAGGUGUCGUGGCUUCAAGCCGAGAACCUUGAGCUGCAGGACAAACUGGAACAUUUUGCAUCUUCCCAGAGUGGAAAUACAUACCGCCUUCCGAGGAGUUACUCCAGGCCAAACCUGCAGAAUGUAAAACGGGUUUACAUACCCUCUGGUUCUGGGAGACCCUUUCCUGUCAUUAAGCUUGUGGAGACAUGAGAUUGGGAUCUCUACAAUGUGGACCAAAGCCGGACCCUGAUAUAAUAUUCUUCCUUUCUGGCAUCCAUGCGGAGAGAGGUUCAACCAACUUAUUUUAAGGCACAUCGACUAUCCUGACUAAAGCAUCUGACCUGCAGCUUUCACUGGUGACUGUCCAGGCAAAGAUACAUCACCACAGAGACUGUGAGCUGAUUAAUCUGUGAUCGGAUGGGAAUGUUUUAGGAGCUUCGGCGGAGCAUGCAGGCUUUGCUUUCAUUGAAAGAUACAGAACGUGGAUAUAAUAUUCAGUCUUGGAACCUGCCGGACAGUGAACCCGAUGGAAAGGGUUGUAUGACCUCUGAUGGAUACUGUCAACCAGGAUGCCUUGCAGCAGAAGACUCGGAACACUGCCUGGUAGCAUCCUGGCUGCAGAGUAUAAGACGCCUCAAUCACUGAGUGCCGCCAUUUACAAUAUUUCCAAACCAAAGAUCUCAAAAAUGCGUGGAGACCUCUGGCCUAUGCAAUAUCUGUCUCAUAUAUCUAUUUCCAUUCUUGUUGUUACUCAUUUAACUUGUAGACGCAGAGUAGAUCACAAGUGGAUCUGCCACAAAACGGGGUUAACCUUCCUAGUAUAUAGAAACACAAUUGGAUUUAUCCACCAAAGGGGGAGCUGACAGGAGA